GCCCGAAAACCCCCUCUAAGGCGAAUAUAAAGAGCGUCGACAAUUGAGUCGCAUCUCAUGUUUCUCCUUUUCUUGUUAUAACCCACAUACUGGCAUUUCCAUCAACAUGAGCGCAACAACAACCGUCACCGAGGCCGUCGCCAUCACGGCAGACAAUGUUGCUACUCUCUUCCCCGACGUCGAUAUAUCUCUCGCCCGCUCAAUUUUGCCUUCGUCAAACGACUCCUCGGUGCGCGCUGGCGGUGAUUUAGAUGGUUACGAUGAGGAACAAGUUCGGUUGAUGGAGGAGGUUUGCAUUGUACUGGACAAUGACGAUAGACCAAUUGGUAGUGCAAGCAAGAAGGCUUGCCAUCUAAUGACCAACAUUAGUCGUGGAUUAUUGCACCGCGCUUUUUCGGUCUUCCUUUUCGAUUCGCAAAACCGUUUGUUGCUUCAACAACGAGCUGCUGAGAAGAUUACUUUUCCCGAUCUGUGGACGAAUACAUGCUGCUCGCACCCCCUUGGAAUUGCAGGAGAGACCGGCGCAGAACUAUCCGCUGCAGUUGAAGGAGUCAAGAGAGCUGCCGUGCGCAAGCUCGAUCAAGAACUAGGAAUCAAAGCCGAGCAAGUCCCUCUCGACAAAUUCAAGUUCCUGACUCGAAUUCAUUAUCUUGCCCCCAGUGAUGGGAAAUGGGGAGAGCACGAGAGUGAGCGCCCUUUCCCCCUCUGCUUCCCGUGAUCGAGAUCAAAACUAAUUUCUUCUGCUUAUAGUUGACUACAUCCUCUUCAUCCAAGCCGAUGUCGAUAUCAACCCCAACCCCAACGAAGUCCAAGAUACCAAGUAUGUCACUCCCGAAGAUCUCAAGAGCAUGUUCGCCAACCCUGCUCUCAAAUUCACUCCCUGGUUCAAAUUGAUCUGCAACACUAUGCUAUUCGAAUGGUGGAGCCAUUUCGGUACUGAGACUUUUGAUAAAUACCUGCUAGAGAAGGAGAUUCGCCGAAUGUGAGAAUCUGAGACCUUGUCAACUAUUUACUACUAUGAUACCACUGUUGUUCGGGAGAGAUUUGAGCCUGUUUAUGCCAUGAAAGUAAAUGCAUGUUAUAAGUGAUUUAUAGUGAUGUUUUUAUGUACAUAUCGAG